AUGUCGCAACCGCAGGAGAUCGCUUCUCCUGUAAUCGAAUCUCACACCGGUCCCGAACCUGAGUUGGAGAAACAGGAGAAGAAGGAAACACAGGAACCGCAAGAGAAUCAAGAUGCACCAGAGAUACAAGAGAAGAAAGAUGUGCCAGAGACACCAGACAAGCCAGAAAUAGCUCCUCAGACGGAGGACAAGCCAGACAAGCAAGAGGCUCACCAAGAGCCCGACGAGAGAAUAGAGGAGAAGCUUGAGACGAAGCUCGAGGCGAAGCUUGAUGACAGUUCCGAAGAUGAGACCGAAGACGAGACCGAAGAAAAGCAAGAACAAAAGCAGUCGCAGAGAAUUGAAGACGAGCCAGUGGAAAAGCCAUCACAAAUUGAUACCAAUAUCAAAAGACUCUCGGCUGGCACGGAGUCUGACGACAGUGUGUCGGCAUCCGAUACCGACGACAAGUUUGAAGAUGCUGUAGCGCAAUCUCCUGCACGUUCACUCACGAAACGAACCAUCUCGCAUGCCAAACCUUCUAGUAUCUCAGCGGAGGAGCAAGUUGAUCGGCGGUCUGAGGAGUCGGAUCGUCAACAAGAUAUCCAAGAGCCACAACUUCCCCAGCACAAGACAACUGCCUCUGAGUCUGGCAGUAUCGCAGGAAGUGUCCACGAAAACCAAGCACAACGGAAACUAUCGGUGGCCUCAUCACGUAUUUCAAACACGUUGAAUUUGGAUAAUGUCAGCCUUGAUGACGAUACGCCUCCAUCUCCAGUGCCAAAAGACCUUCCACCGAAGCCAAGCAGCAAAACAUUGUCUCUAAAUAGCAUCUCUCUCCCUUCUAUGCCGUGGUCGCCUGCUGCCGAGCCUACAAAAAGUCCAGUGCCACCAACUGCAGCUACACUUGCACCUUCCCCACCGGCACCUCAGCCUCCGCCACCGCCUAGUCGAAAGCUAACAAGCCCUUUCUCUUGGCUCUCACGGAGCUCAAGUAAAGAAAGAGAGCCUCCUCUACCACCGCCUCCUACGGGCCGAAGGAAUACGGGCGGUUCUAUCGCUACUCUUGCAAGUAAUCCCGAAAUGAUGCUGAGCCGUCUUGAGGAAGAGAAAGACGGGGAUUCGCUACCUAGUGAUCCUGCCCAAAAGGUCACCUUGCAAGACAGAUUCAAACAGCUACGACAACAACAAGAAGCUGCCCGUGCGAUGGCAGAAGGCGAUAACGGCAAAUACGAUGGAGCGCUUGGACUCACCUUGCCAAACGAUGAAGUGCAAGCACAAGAGAAACCACCAUCAUCUCCUGUCCCACAGCCUAUUGCUGGCCUAGCGCCAGGCACAGUAUCUGGAGUCAACGCCGGCCCGUCGGCUAUUUCAGAGGAGAAAGUCGAUUGGGAUUUGUGGCAGUCUGUUGUUUAUGAAGGACCGGCUGCUGUGGCUCGCACAAGCGCUGAAGAGCUGAACAAAGCCAUUGCAACUGGCAUCCCUAGCGCCAUUCGUGGUGUUGUCUGGCAAGUGUUGGCCGAUAGUAAGAACGACGAUCUCGAAAUAGUAUACAAAGAUUUGGCGACUCGUGGUACAGACAAGAGCAAGGACCGCAACAGCAACAGCACAACAGCUAGCUCGUUAAGCAACGGAAACCUCAGUGUUCACAGCGGAGAUGCCGUUGCAUCUUCUGCAUCUUCCAUAAACUCGGACCAUUCCGGCGCCAAUGGCACGCCCUCUCCUCCGAAUGAGAAGAAUGCAGAGGCUGUCCUAAAAGCCCAAGCUGCGGCUGCGGCUGAGAGAAAGCGAAAGGACAAGGAGGAUGCUGCUUCACUACAGAAGCUCGAAAAGACAAUCCGUCGUGAUCUUGGUGCCCGCACCAGCUAUUCUAAGUAUGCGGCUGCUGCCGGGCUUCAGGAGGGCCUGUUUGGCGUUUGCAAAGCAUAUGCUCUGUUUGACGAAGGUGUUGGAUAUGCCCAAGGCAUGAACUUCCUCAUCAUGCCUCUGCUGUUCAACAUGCCUGAGCAAGAAGCGUUCUGCCUCCUUGUGCGGUUGAUGAACCACUACAAGCUGCGAGAUCUUUUUAUCCAAGAUAUGCCUGGACUACACAUGCACCUCUAUCAGUUCGAACGUCUGUUGGAAGACUUUGAGCCAGCGCUUUACUGCCAUCUCCAUCGAAAGGGAAUCUCGCCUCACCUCUACGCCACCCAAUGGUUCUUGACCCUCUUCGCGUAUCGUUUCCCCCUUCAACUGGUUCUUCGUAUCUACGACUUGAUCUUCUCCGAGGGUCUCUCGGCAAUCUUGCGCUUUGGUAUUGUUCUGAUGCAGAAAAACGCUAGUAUUUUACUAGGACUGUCCGACAUGCAGCAGCUCACCACUUACUUGAAGGAUAAGCUCUUUGAUGUAUACAUCGACAAGGACCCUAGCCAGGGCAGCCUUCUCGAAAAUGGCUUCUUUGGAAGCUCAAGUGCUAGUAUCGAUAAAGAGGUCUACCGUGCGGACCAACUCGUUAAAGAUGCUUGCGAAGUUCAAAUCACCCCGGAGGUGCUCAAAGCUUAUAGCACCGAAUGGGAAGAAAAGACAAAGGCCGAGAAGGAUCGCGAAAAUGAACUGAUGGAGCUCCGCACAGCCAACCACAACUUCGCUAUCAGAAUCCGAAAAAUGGAGGAGAGAGUCGAGGUCUGCGAUCGUGAACAGGCAGAUCUGGCAACGGAGCUUGUGCACACCAAGGUCGAAAACCAGGAGCUCAAGGACGAGAACGACAGCAUGCGAGGCCAGGUACGCGAGUUGAAGAUCGUUAUCGAGAAGCAACCAAUGGAGAUCGAGGAGACAUGGAAGCUCGAGCGCGAUGAUUUGAUGAAACGGAAUAUGCAUGUCCAUGAGGAGAACCAGAGGCUGGAGAAGGAACUGGGCGAACUUGAAGAGGAGUUGGUCCAGACCAAGCUGCGUUAUGCAGAGAUCAACUCUCAGCAUGAGACCCUUAAUCGCAAGUGGACCGACUUGAAACGUCAAUUCGCAUAA